CCUAACCUUAAAUUAAAUUCCAAAAAUCAUGUUUGUAUUUUCAUAAAGUUUUCUAUAUAGACAAUUGUGACUUUGUGGCUGUGUUAUCUAGUGGAAACCGAUGUGGGGCUGUUGAGAAGCCGUCAAAGUACAAGGAAGGUAACGUUACAUAGCUAGCUACGUAACCUAACUGGCAAGAGACUGAAGAAGCUGCUCUGUCACCGUUUGAGUGCUGAAGAAGAGUCCUCCAGGAAUCCUCAUUUACACUUGACACCCACCUUUCUCUGCAACAGCUAAGUCAAGACUGUGUCUUGUUAGCUACCAUACUAAAAUGGUGAAGAUAUUUGUUGGAAACGUGAAUUCCUCAACCACAGAAUCAGAACUGCGUACUCUAUUUGAGAAAUACGGUCAGGUGUCAGACUGUGACAUUCUGAAAAACUAUGGCUUCGUGCACAUGAAUGAGGAGGAGGAAGCCCAGAAGGCAGUGGCAGAACUCCAUAAGCAUGAGCUGAAUGGGGCGCGCAUCACUGUGGAGUUUGCCACUACGAAGGUCCGCAAUGCCACCAAGAUCUACGUAGGGAAUGUCCCUGAAGGGACCACAGCUGCUAAGAUAAGAGAGCUCUUCCAACCGUUUGGUAAGGUGGUAGAGUGUGACAUUGUGAAGAACUUUGCCUUUGUGCACAUGCAGAGAGAAAAUGAGGCCUAUGAGGCCAUUUCCAAGUUAAACCACUCUAAAAUGGAGGGCCAAAAGAUCUUUGUAUCCAUCUCCCGCAACAAUCAAGCCAGGAAUGGCAGAGGGGAUGACUACCCUCCCCCACCUCACCACUAUCCACCUCACGCUCCUCACUACCUCCCGCCUCGAGCUCCACACGGUGACUACUACCCACCUCGUGGUCGCUAUCCUCCUCCCCUUCCCCCACCCCCCCCUAGGGCCUACUAUGAGUGUGACCUAUAUGAGAGGCGUGUCCGCCAUGACCCAUACUCUUCCUCAUCACGUUACUAUGAGCAGGAUCCUUAUGAGCGACGGCUUCCCUCACUCCCUCAGCGGCCACUUUCUCCCCCCCUUACUUCCUGUUAUUACCGGGAGCGCAGCCCCCUGGCUAGCUGGUCUCCACCCCCACCUUCCUCUGCCAGCUAUGCCCGAAGGGGUGCCGAGCGAGAUUGUGUUGGUGGCAGCUCUGUGCCCCCUCCUUCCUCUAUGUGCUAUGCUCUGGGCUCAGGCUUUGAUAAGGAUGAUUACUUUGAGGAGAAGUACUCCAAUGGUUUUGGUAGGGGCUACUAAGGGCACUUUUUGAAAUUGAAUUUAGGGGAAGAUGCUGUGUAUGAGUGUGUUAGCAAUGAGUGCGCAGUUUUAAGCUGGGUGCAAUUGUAUAUUAUAUAGAAAAACGGGUAAUAGGAACAAUACUGUUCAUUCAUAAAGCUUACUUGUCAAGUCAAACAGCACACUUAAUUGAUUUUGACCUAGUUUUUGUUGAUCAUGAAUAAUCACCAGCCAUAUCAGCAGUCUAUGAAUGCAUUUUAUAUUAGUGUUUCAUUGUUGCCAGAUUUUUAGACUUGAGGUGGUAGGCUUGUGUCUUUGAAUGUUUGUUAAUAUUAAUGUCAUAUUUUCAAUUUUUGAAGGAGUUUAAGUUUUUUUUAAUGUAGUAUAGGAAUUAUGUUUUGUGUAGUAGACCCUACAUCAGGGGUCCUCAAUUACAUUGAGCCGUGGGCAGAUUUUUCUUUCAGCGGAUGGUUGGAAUGCCAGAACAUAGUUAUAAAUAAUUUGGACACUGAAAAUUGACCGCAAGUAUCCAAAACCGAUCAUAUUUGACAAAAACAGAAUAAUUUCAAACCUUGAUUACAUUGGAAUAUGAUCACAUAUACCUCUUUAUGCGUAGUAAUACUUCUGAACAUAUUUCCUAAAUCGGUAAAUAAAAUCACUACGGGCCACCUAUUGGGGAAUCCCGCCCUACAUUGAGUGGAUGGCACUGACAAACUAUUUCUGCUUUUUUUGAGACAGUUUGAAGGGAAAUUGAUAUGUAAUUAUCAGUGGUAAGUUAUUUAUAUCAUACCUGUCUAUCACAUUUAUUUUGUUGUCAAGUCCUGAUACACUUUUCUCGAAGACAUUCUUUUUUAUUUUCCUCCUGAGGAUUUUAGUCCCCUAAAAUCCCUCUCACUCAGGUUUUUGUCAUUCACCCCAAUUCAAAGGUUGGGGUGUUUGUUGUGUGCAAACUAGCUGACAGACUAACCAAGCACACUGCAUCAGCUGACCAAGCUCAUCUCAUCUGAAGGCCUUGCCACGUUCGGUGCAGCAUCAUAGGAUAAAGCAUUGUCUCUGAAAUGAAACCCGAUACGACCGAUUCAUCGACUUGACGACUAAAUAAAAAGAUAACCACCGAAAAAUUGUUGCACCUCCGGAGUCAGCCUGUAUAUCUAUUUGACAUUAUGCAUAUGAAUCACUCGCUGUCCGUUUUGUUUUUGUAUAAAAUGGAUGUAAUCCAAGAUAAAAUAAUUGAGAAAUCUACGCCUAUAAGGACAAAUCUGACUUGUUUUUAUUAGAAGAAAUACAUGAACAAAUGUCUUGAUCAGCCGCUGUUGUCAUUUGGCCGCUUAAAUAAAUGUUCGACCUCUGA